AUGUACAAUUUUUCGUUGCAGAAAUGUGCGCGGGAGAUGCUCCUUAGACUGCUACUUUACUGUAUUGGCGGAGCCCUCGCCUCCUUCUUGCGGGUCGAAACCGGACACCGGAACAUUCAGAUUGAAGGCAGAGACCCCUACCCGGGCCACUUCACAAAGGUCACCUUCACCGAGCAGACAUGCAUACGUGCCGUCUCCAUCCACUGUCUUGUCCCGCUGACAGGAGCUGAGGAGAUAGAUCUCCUCUACUCACCGUGCGAAAAUGAACAAUGGCGCGUGGCGCACUAUAACAACAAGGAGGCCAGGUUCUUCCUUAAGGCAUCAACAAAUCGUCGUCAAGCAGCUGAACGUGGCCUCGCGGCUCCCAGUGUCUGUGGUGGAUCUGCAACGCCACGACGGCACCGACGACAUCGUGCUCCCUUCCCACUGAGGGCCCAAGAAACCGGCCCCGUGAAGAAGAGGACAAAAAGGGCAGCCGACCAAACACCCGACAAGAUCUAUUCCUUGUCCGACAGCCCGUACCGCAUCGACGAAAAUAUCACCGUCGCCCGGGGGCAGCGCUUUGACGUUGAGCCGGGCGUCCGGAUCACCUUCGCCCCAAACACGGGCAUCCUGGUUUACGGGACUUUGUACAUAAAAGGCAGCCUCGAACAACCGGUGUAUCUUGAGGCGGCCGAAGCGGGAUCCUGGUUGGGGGUGAUCGUCUCGAGCACAGAAGCGCCAUCCAGUUUUACCUAUUUGAAUGUGAGCGGCUCGAUUUAUGGCAUCACUAUUCGCGACUCGCCCAGCUUCCCAACAUUCGACCAUGUGAUCGCUGACAGCAAUCGGAAUGGGUUCACCUUCGAGACGAGCAAGACGCCGGCCACCGACGACACCCCGCUGCGAGUCUUCAAGGCCUCGGCUGUGCAUUCAGCCGAAAAUGGCUUCAAUGUCGUGGGAGAGACACCAAUCCUGCUCGACGCCUGCCUGGCCGCCUCGAACCGACUUCACGGUAUCUACGUGGAAAGGGUGUCGUCUAUAGCCUUGCUCAACUCGCACGUCUUCUCCAAUGACGGCGACGGGAUCGUGUUCAACACCACGCAGGCCGUCAGCAUCGCUAACACACUAAUAGGGGCCAACGGGCAGCAUGGGAUACGCGUGCAGUCUGGCAAGCACUCUGCCCAAGCUGAAUUCAAUCUCCUCGGCGUCAACAUCACCAACCACGCCACGCAUCCAGCCAUCCGACUCGACGCGUGUGAGAACGCGGAAAUCUACCUGAACUCGUGUCACAUCUACGACAACCAUGACGGUGUUCUGGUCAUCGACGGCCGAAGCGACACGUGCGAAAUAAAGCUGUAUCGCGGGAAUUUUACGAGGAACCGAGGCCCUGCGCUGCACCUGGAAACGUUGACUCACGGUACCGUACACCUCGAGCAGAACACGUUCGCCUCAAAUCACAUGAAUGCUAGGGCGGAUCGAGAGGCUCUGGUCAACUCGAAUUGCGAGGUGACGAGCGGCCCCAGCAGGAAGCCAUCACUUGAUGAUAUCCGGCUGAAUCACUGGGCUCUCGGCUCCGAGAAGGAGAUUUUACUCCGAAUCUGCGCCAUCAGUGCCGACGCGAACUCGGCGGCCCUCUAUCUGCCGUUUGCCAACUACACGGGCGGACUUUUGAUACAGGACAAUCAACCGAUUCCUCCCUUCACCCACCUCUACAACACGAUCCCCAACAAUGGCCGCGCUUAUGUCGUCUCCGAAAACAUGACAAUCCCCGAGGACAAGGUGGUCAUCAUCGAGCCCGGCGUCCAGAUACGAUUUCUAAAAGACGCCAAACUGAUCGUGCUUGGAAAACUAUAUGCGAACGGCUCGGCGUCGACACCGAUAAAGCUGGGCGGGAGCCAAGAAGGGGCCCAAUGGCCUGGGAUAAGGCUGGCGCCAAAGCCCGUCGUCGAUCUGGGUGGUACCACGGUAACCGGCGCUCAGACUAUCGGCCUUUACGUGGAGGAACGGGGAAAGGGUGUCAAAAUUAGCAAUCUAAAAAUUGAGCAGAGUGACGGGUUCGGUGUGGAUUUUGAGAAACCGAUGGGAAACGUAACGUUGGAGAAUAUUACGUGCGGCGCCGUUCCCUCCAACCUGCGCAUCAUCGGCGCAAAUUUCGUGGAGAACACAGCACAACCGCUGAAGCUCGACCUCGGAGAAUGUGCCGGGGCUCAGCUUCUGGCCAACUCGGUGGAGCGGAACAGUGCCGGGCCCGACGACGCGCUCCUCAAGAUUGCGAUAUCGCCGAAAAUUGAUGACAACCCCAUCUCAAAAGUGGCCAUAUUCGCCAACAAAUUCAACGGCAACACGGCGUCGCGUUCCACCCUCGAGCUAAGCAACGGUUCCGGAAAAAGGUUCAACGGAACACUCUAUGGCAACACUUUCACCGGAAACGCUAAUAACGAGGCCGUGCUGGAGGUCGAUUCCAACAGCUAUAGAAUCUCCGGCAACGAAUUCCGGGACCCUCAGACUCCCUUUGAGGUCUUGUUCACCGGAGCUGGGCAACUACACCUCGGCGACAAUGUGUGGGGCACGCAGACGAUUGAGGCGAUUAAGCAGAAGAUAUCGUGCAGCGAGGAGCGACGGGUUUGUGAUGAUGGCCAAAUCAGCGUCAUCCCACCACGGGCUGUCCCGGUGGAUCCGGCUACCAUCCACACGCUCCCGGAAGGCACCGAAACGGCCUGUCCAGGGGAUUGUGGCGGACAUGAAAUCUGCCCUCAACUGAAAAACUGCUCUGGCCACGGCUACUGUACCUCCAGCGACAUAUGCAAAUGCGAGGAGGGAUUUGCUGGAAAUGACUGCUCAGUGGAAUUGUGCUCGACGAGAAACUGCGAACACGGAUUUUGUGAGGCCGGCAUCUGUAAAUGUGAACCCGGAUGGACGGGAAAGCACUGCAGCCUUGGUCUAUGUGCCAACGAGUGCUCCUACAGCGGGAUAUGCGUCGGGCCAGCCCAAUGCAAAUGUUUUGCUGAUUAUACAGGAACUAAAUGCGAAAAGUGCGCGACUAAGGAGUGCGUCGGCUGCGAGCCGGACUGUAAGCACGGAGUAUGUGAUGCCGAGUCCGGCACUUGCCGAUGCACCAAUGGCUGGUCUGGGGCGGCCUGCGAUGUUUGCGCGACCAAUUCCUGCCCCACCGACCCCUCCAUUUCCUAUAUUCUGCCCCAAACGGCGGAUGUUGGCCAGGGAAAUGGGAUAGUCAGUGUGUACGGCCAGGAUUUGCCGAGUGACGCCACCUAUCGCUGUCUCUACGGUACUUCCACAGCCCCCGGAAAAUACAUCAACAGUCACCUCGUCAGGUGUAGCCUACCGGAAGGCUCUUCCGAGGCUUACCAAGUGAAGCUCGACGUGUUGACCCCCGCCAAAUCCGAAGCUAUCGAUUGGGAAAUUGGUGUUCCGCCCAGCUACCAGGCUACGGUCGAAGGCACCGAGGUUGUCGGCAACACGCAGAAACGACGGAUUUACGGGCGAAUAGACAAGCCGCUCGCCAAUCGCCCGGUCGCAGUCCGUAUCAGACGCCAAGAUGCUGACCUCGGCGUCGAGGAGUAUACGGUAAUGACGGGCGAGAGCGGUCGCUUCUCCUUCGAGUACACCCCACAAUAUGGAGGUGUUUAUGCCGUGGCCGCCCACCAUCCUGGCGUGAAAGUUGACGAUUGGAGCAAUGGAGUUGAGCUAUCCUGGUCCAAUCCCUCGGUCAAGGUCACGUAUCACGAUCGGCCAUCGAUUGAGGAGCUGAAGCAAGGGCUGGAAUUUGAGGUCCAGAAUACCGGUGACGGCGUGCUAUCCGGCUGGCAGAUACCACCCUCCAUCGCACCCCGCGAGGCGGCACGCAUCAUUGCGAAGUUCGACGUGGAGGAUGGCUUCUCCGGGCCGAUUACCCUGAUUUUGGUAGCCGAUGGGGGUUUUAGCUAUGUAAUCAGACUGGAAGUGACUACGAAGAAAGCGAAAGGUAUAUUGACGGCAAUUCCUGAGUCGCUCGUUGUGCCGCUGGUGUAUAAUGCACUGCCGACUAUACAGGUACGCCUCGAUACCUCGGGCACGACCUUCUACUCGCCGAUCGAGUUGGGCUACGACACCCGGCCUAGCCCCUUCUAUUUGAUCGGAUCGGAUCCACCGUUGAACGACUACGCUGAGUAUUCGAAUAACGUUUCCGGACUGUCGCUGACCCUUGGCGCCUCGCCCAGCGGAAACAAGCAAAACGGAACUAUCAGGAUAGUCUAUCGCACCGAUACGAUCCUCCGCAUACCGUACACCUUUUCACGGCGCGAGACCGAGCUGUUCAACCUGGCCAUAUGCCUGAAGGAUGAAAACUUCCUAAACACCGUUUCCGCGGCCGCAAACGCCCAAAUCGACUUGGUGAACAGCCUCAGCAAGGCGGUGAUGAACCCCCGUGGUGCUGUAGUGAAUGGACCCCCGCAAAUCUUCACCCUCUACCCCGGCUACUACCAGCUGACCAUCUACUCGGAUUCGCAUCAGAAGUACGAGGAGCCAAUCUUGAUCGGAACCUCUGAGCUCGAGCUCUACGCUGAUGGGCCGGCUAGCAAGGACACGUUUGUCAUCCUCGACGCCUUCGAGGACGACAAUAUAAAAUUGGAACCUCCCAAAUCGGCGCUGGUGAUGGGCGGCUCAACACGAGCCGAGUUGGCCGUCAAGCGUUCGAGUAGCUUGUUUGGCAACAGUGCCAAAUGUGACGCAAUACUGCUGCAAAUCCCGUACCGUGUGGCCAGGAAUGGAUCGAGGGAAAUCGGGCUUGAGGCUCAGCUGAUAUUGGCGAAGACGGAGAAGCCGAAAGUAUUGUGCGACGUCGCCAGCAAAACCAUCGUCCGGUGCAACUGCGCGGCUGCCGUGCGGCGCGAGUGCCGCGAAAAAUACGAGAGCCCAGUGGCGUGCGGCCAGGGCUGGGCCAAGAUUGCCGACGACACAACAUCGCUUGAGAACCUCGCUAUGAUAUUCCACCUUAUCGCCGAGUGUCAACAGGUGCAAGUGCACUUUGAGGACUUGCUGACGUCAGUUUCCGAGCAAAAUGACCCCUCCUCGGAUGCCAUCGACGCCCAGGCCAUCUCUUACGCCGCGCACUUUAUGCAAUUUUUGCAGAAUUUAGAGUCAAUCGUCCCCUUCGACCAACUCCGAGCGAUCAGCGCCCAGGAGUGGAACAAGUUUUUCAAGGCGAUCUCCGACUCCUCGGCCGGAGGCCCGGCAAUUUGGGAAACCGAGAAGCUGGAGUUGGGCCAGAAAGGCUCGGCUGUCGAAAACCUGGCUGCGACGUGGAACAACUCGGUGACGGAGUGGACGGCGGGGAAGAUUGUGCCGUUUGAGGCUCUCCCGAACCCGACCGUAAUCUACGACCAAGUCCACCAAGUCGUGUCCUCCGCCGACAAGUUGAAGGCGCUCAGUCGACAGGCCGGUGCGCCGAACCCAUUCGCCCUACUACACGCCUAUUUCGGCAAAUUGGCAAUGGGAACGGAAAAAUCGGAAGACGCCUGUGCCGAGGCUUUCGUGCUCGUCGAACCCGACACGGUGGUGGAGAACGCGAUGGUGACGUUGCGGGUGCAAUUUAGGAACCUUAGGAGAACCUCCCUCACCGGGGUGAACCUGAAAAUCGAGUGGAUUCGGGCGGACGCGUAUACACCCGAAGUUAAAUUCGCGACCGGGAUCUUUUCGUAUACAGGCAUCUUCGCUCUCGACGGAACUCAAAGCCUACCAGCCGGCACCUCAUUCCGUGCCACUGCAAAGUACACAACGGCCCCCGUACUCCCGCUAAAACGGGACGUAUUUUAUCAGCCGAUCGUCGUCAUCUCAUUCGAAAACGAGGGCACGCGAACGAUACAAAAGCUCGAGACCCCGGACUUGAAGAUUACUCCAAAGCCAAACAUACAGGUCUACUACCUCCUAAAGUCCAAUGGCGACGACUCGAAGCUGUUCAACAUUACCGCAAUUUUUGCCAACAAGGGCUACGUCCCCCUCGACAACGUGAAAGUGAUCAACACCGCGUUGGAGAUCCUGGGGCCUAACCUUGGCCCCGUCGGCUACCGCAUCGAGGGCCUGACGGUGGAUGGGACCCAGAGAAAUGGAGCGCUCAGCUACGAGCUCGGCACGAUCAGACCGGGCGCUACGAAGACAGCUGCGUACCAAAUGUCAGCACUGGACGUGGGAAAACUCUCGUCAAUCCGAGCCCAAGUGCUUGCUGGCGGCAAAUUGCUACCCCUCGACGACAACAAGGCGUUCACGGUCAAGCAGCUGCUCAAUAAAGGUCUCCUCAUUUCUCCGCUGGACACGCCGCAACCCGAAUUCUUCUUCGACACCGCGACGGCCGACGUCACGAACCUGAUUCAUCUCCAAAAUAUUAAGACAACCAGCACCGAUUCCACCGCCGACGGCCGACCCUACAAGCACAUUCUGGCCGUCUUCUCCAACCCGGAAUCGACGGCAUUUUCCGGAUCGCUUCUCGGCAAAGUGCAACUCCCGGCCAUGCCAUCAACUUUCCGCUUGAUACGGCUAACCGAGGUGGACGCCAAACUCUCCACUACGCAACGCAACCUGAACGGCGCCCGGUGGACCGAGGCUGAGGGAAACUCGCUAAACUUUAUCGAUAAGGAGGCGACGCUGCCGUUGCCUUUGAACACCAUCUCCUACGAGGCCAUCUUCGGGGACCCGGCCCAGUUUGACGAGCCGGUUUUCGAGAAGGGAUCUUAUCGGAUUCAGGUACUCCCGGAAUCGUGGCCAACAUCCGGGUCCAAAAUUGGAAGUGUAGCAGCGUACAGCCCGGACGGCAGUCCAUUGGAAUACGCGUUAUACAGCCGCACCGGUGAUGCCACCUACGCUAUCGACAGUCAAACGGGCGAGAUCUACGCCGAGCGGCUGCCCGCGGAAAACCAGGACCGAUGCCUGAUCGUCGAGGCCAAGACCAAAAACGGCAAAAUCGAGCGCGUGCCAUUGACCAUUAACACGGGCGGGUCCCAGAAGGGGUGUGUCGCUAUCGAUACCUCGGAGUUGAAGCCGCUUCUGCAUUCGGAAAACGAAAAUCCGGGGGCACCGACCGAAUCCCCAUGGAAAACGACCGGAACCUGGACAACUGUCACCACAUCAAAAACCACGCAAACAGCUGUAACCGCCCCAACGACUGAGGCGACGACGAGUAAAGGCGAUGAUACAGACUGGUCGACAUAUUCUAUCACGCCUGACACGGAUUUACCGGAAAUGAGCACUACGGAAACAGCAGAAACCACUACUGAAGAGUGGCCGGAGACGAUCGUCACCGGACCUGAUCAGGAACUGUCUACGAUCUCGUAUACAUCUACAGACUACCCAGAUACCCCAGAAGCCACAGCAGAAACAACGGAAACUUCUGAAGCCGUCACCUGGCCGACGAUUCCGGUGUCCCCAGACUCAACGCCCGAAAUUGUAACCCUCACUACGGAAAGAACAACCGAAACCGAUUCCGAGCCGACGGAGGUCACGACAGAAUCGGAGGCACAAUCUACUCAAGAAAGCGCACAAACGACACUCGAGCCUCCGGAGCCAACAACUGAAAACUUUUACUCGGUUUUCCCGGAUUCGACGCCGGCAACGCUGGAAACCGAGUCUACUCUUUCUACAAGUGAAGCCGAAACGACCAUGGAACCAGAAAAAACCACGUUUAAAGAAAUUGAAAUCUUCCCCGAGCCGCCGUUGUUCCCCGAUGGAGAUGAUGAAAGUGAUCCAACCACUGGAAAACCCAGUCAAUUCACAACCGGCCUGCCACUGCCAGGGCUUACUACAACUCUUGCACCUGACGACUAUGUUGGUCAGGCCUGUGCGCGAAGAUCACAGGCAAUCUGGGCUCUCAUCUGCGACCUCGGCCAGCUGUCGAAGGACCACAAAGCCAACCCCAUCGUC